AUGUCACCGGUAGAGAGUUGGCUGUGCGCCAUCUGCCGAGAAGCGAUCCAGGGGAAGAGUGACGGCCUUACAAAUAGCGGGGCCACGCCUGCUGUACCAUCGGGGGGGGCGGGAUCCUGGUUUAGGUUCUCGGUCAUCUUCGAUGACCCAACCGCGGAGGGAGGCGUGCAGCUCAUGGACGUUAGCUUCAGGUUGAUCCCCUCACAAGGCAGCGAGUCCGAAGAGCUCUUUGUGUUCGCCGAGCUUGAGGGCAAUACCGGCUCGGCGACAACUCUCGACACGGUCUAUGCCUGGUUCAGUGAAUGCUCGUCCCACCACCAGGAGAGGUGCAAGAAUCCUCCCACAUCGACCGAUGGAUGGCUACCAACACGUCUCCUCGACGUUGGAGCUAACAGCGCCUCGCAUUGGAAGCUUCUGAUCAGCGAUAUCGACCUGAGAGGAGGGCCUGCCCCUGCUUAUUUAACCCUCAGCUACCGAUGGGGGACGAAUCCUCAGCAUGCGCUCUUGCUUUCGUCUACUCUUGACCAAUAUCGCAAAGGAAGCAGGAUAUCGGACCUGCCACAAACCUUUCAAGACUUGGUUGUGGUUGCCCGGCGUUUUGGCGUCCGAUACGUGUGGAUCGACUGCUUCUCCAUCAUUCAGGAUUGUCAAGAUGACUGGGAGGCCGAAGCCCCCAUGAUGCGACAGGUUUAUGCCAACGCCGCCUGCAACAUUGCUGCCUCUGCUUCGGAUAGCCCUGAGGGCGGGCUCUUUCAGUCUCGGACUAUCCAGGACGUUUGGCCUGGUGUCAUCGUGAAGAAGUCGACGUUGGGUCAUGAAGAGAGAGUCUACUGCGUUGACAGCAUUUACUGGGACCGCAAUCUGCUGACAUCGUCACUCCACACCAGAGGUUGGGUCUUGUGGGAGUGCCUCGAGGGGCACAGAUGCGAAGGCUUCCCCAACGGAGUGCCGCUCUACGACUCGCCGAAGAGCAUCGAUCAGCUGUUGGUGCGUCCUGGAGGUAUAGAGUAUCUCGGGCGGCUACAAGACCAGGGCGGCAAUUGUUAUCGCGAGAAUGCCAUGGUUCUCGAUGCCGUCAACCAGUGGUGCGAUCUCGUGACAGCGUACUCCCAUUGCCACUUCACCAACCCCGAAGACAAGCUGUAUGCUUUUUCAGGGAUCGCAAAGUUCUUCCAAGAGAUUACGGACGAGACGUACAUCGCCGGCCUGUGGCGGUCGCGCAUCCUGGACCUCCUCGGCUGGGUCAUGACCAGGCCUAAGGCGAAGCCUUCAGGAGCGUACAGGGCUCCCUCGUGGUCGUGGGCGUCCGUGGAUGGACCAGUUGAGAUGUCCAAGCCUGUGCUGGGCGAUGUCGAGCCGUUGCUGACCGUUCUAGAGGUGCAGGUCUCGACGAAGAGGGAAGAAGACAAGACGGUUGGCGUGACGGGCGGCUUUAUCAAGUUGAGGGGAGCAUUCAUCACGGCUUCCUACACUCGGGAUUCGACAAGAGCCCCUCGGCUCCUGCAAAUUCAGCUUGACGACGGCGGUGGAACUCCGUUUUCUGCGUGGCCGUGGCUAGACACAACGGAGGUGCAGUUUGGCGAAGGAGGCGCCUUCGACUUCUUGGUUCUGCACAGUCUGGUCAGUUCCUCCGAAGGAAAUGUUGCCAAUGCGAAGGUGCCGAGGCUUAAGUGUCUUGUGUUGGCGCCGGCGAGCGAGGUGGACGGCACAUAUAGAAGGAUAAGAUGGUUUGCAUUGAGGGACCAGGAAGCAGUCGAUAGAGUCUUGGCAUUCUGCUGCAAGUGCUGUGCGAUACUGCCAAGGAUGCAGGUGCGAAACGUGUCGAUGGAGAUUGUGCAGGAAGGUGCGAUGGGAUGCAGGGACUUGAGGGAUGCUGCAGGUGACGUCGGUCAAAACGGACGGCACUGUGGAGAGACGUGA